AGAGUCGUUUUUUCCUCACGCGUCACACCUGUUAUACUGAUUUGGGCACACGGCUCCCUGCUCAAAAUGGCAGUGUAGCGGCUUGCAGCGGAAAACUCGCAGCGGCAACACCUGCAGUGCAACGGCUAAUUGCACUGGCUCUAUUCAUCAAAAUGGCGUCCUUCGAGGCAACCACCCUCAGCACUGCUGCAUUUGACAGCAUAUCAAUCCUUCUCGACUCGUCGUCAGAACUCCUGUUCUCUUUGAGUCCGUCUCUGACCAAGCACCAUGACACUGAGCUCACAGAUGUGCAUGGAAGAUAUGGGGACCCUGUUCUUGGAGUCCUCGACUCUGAUGGCUGACCCCUUUGGGCCCCUUCUGGACGAAGAUGAAGAGAGAGCUCUUUCUGAGGGGUCUUCGUCGCCCCUCUCCUCCUCUUCAUAUUCCGAUUCUUACUCUUCCUCCCCGUUUUCUUCCCCCUCUGUCCUCGAUCCUCUAGGAUGUAAAGGCGGGUGUGAUGUGCCGCUCCCCUGGCUGUCUGCCAGUGAGCAGAUCAAUGCUCACAUUGGGGCAGAACAGAGAGAAGGGGAUGCAUUUUCAGGCAUGGACUGGAUGACUGAGAAGAUUGACCUCAGUGAUUUUGACCUGGACUCGCUUAUCGGGUCCUGCGAUUUGGAUGAGCCUCCUAGCUCUCCAGAAGAGCUCUUGGCAUCCCUGGAGUCCCAAAUGGAUCUGGACCUGCCUCUGCUCCCAUUCCCAUCAGCAUCCACACCUGUUUCAGAAGUGCUCAACCUGCCUUCUUUCCCUCUAGAUCUGCCCAUUGAGUCAGAUGUGCACCCUGAGCCUGUUUCUGUUGAAAUCAAAUCUGAGCCAGUCUCUCCAUCUCCAUCUCCUGUAUUUACUCUAGAGUUGGGCAGUGAAGUAGACAUCUCCAUCUCGGAGCUGGAGAAAACGGUACCCAAGGCCGGUGUUGAUAACCAGGCCCCAAGUAUUGUGCUUUCCCUCUCCCCUGCCCACAUAGUGGUGGUUCUCACUACCAAAGAAGAGCCAAGCAAUCCAAACAAUUCUUCAGACCAAUCUGACAGUGGUUUUGAAUCGGUAUCCGGUUCUCCUCCUCGUGUCCAGAGUCCUGUUCCAUCUCCCAAAUCUGCAGGUGUUUCCAGAACCAAGCCCUAUUCUAAAACUGAUCCCGAUGCAGUCAUGAAUGUUGGCAAAGUAAAGACUGUAUCAGGAACGACCAAGCAGACAAAACCAGUAGAGAAGAAAUUGAAGAAAAUGGAGCAGAAUAAGACGGCAGCUACCCGCUACAGGCAGAAGAAACGGGUGGAGCAGGAGAACUUGACUGUUGAGUGUGCCGAGUUGGAGAAGAGAAACCGAGAGCUGGAAGACAAGGCAGACUCGAUCAGCCGGGAGAUCCAGUAUCUAAAGGAUCUCAUUGAGGAAGUCCGGUCAGCAAAGAACCGAAAAAACAAGUCCAAGGCAACCUCUUCAUAAGAUGGAGAGUCGAUCUGCACCAUUUUAUGAAAAAGGCACAGGGAGAGAGUAGGCGUGUCUGUGCUAGCAUUUCCUCACACCCUCACAAUCCACUAUCCAUACAUUUUUCACAGAUCAUAGUGUAGUUACAUAAUAUUUACUGUAGUUAAAAGUAGACAAUGCACAAACUCAUGCACCUAAAGCCCAUUCACUUCCCAUUUUUAUCCUUUUCAACCCACCUCUUAACAUCCUUGUCCAGUAAGGGGCCUCGUAUCAAGCAGUGGAUAUUUUUGUUACACUGAAUGUUGCUGUCAUUGCAUGUACAUAGCUUCAGCUGCUCUCUGGCUUUAUUUAAAACUGGUAUUUGGUGCGUUUAUGGUGUAGUAUGCUACUGUGUGAUUCUAUCUGUUUUCUAAUAAAGCUUUUAAAUCUGA